AUGAUGCGGAGGAUGGAGUUGAAGAUACCGCGAGAGCAAAGACGAAUCUGGUCACGGGACCAUAAUAUAACGCAGGAAGCAGUAAUGCCCAUACGGCCGGCAGAGAAUUUCCUCACCGCAUCUCUCCAGAGAGCCGCAACACAACGCAAGUCGCAACGCAACCUCAGACUCAUCCUCAACGCCCGAGCAGCAUCUCAAUCCGCCCACAAACCCACUCUCGCCUUUUUUCCCGAUUCCCCCAUCGUCAGCGUCACCAUUGGAGCUGCCUGCCGGCGCUAUCUCCCACGCCGCGCCCGUAAUAUCCCUUCCCCUCCCCUACUAAUAAGCUUGGAACCCAAACGCGAGUCACCAGAACAACACGUAAAGAAACAGUCCUUUCUGAGCCCAUUUGCCAGGCAGUGGGCAGAUAAAAGACGCCUUUCACGGACACCCCCUACGCCUUUCGUUUUGCUCCGUGACUUCGUGGUACUUGGCAGUUUCUGA